ACAUCCUCCUUUACGUUGGAUCCAACCAAAUCUUUGCUGUUUGUGGCGUUCCGUUACAGCUUGGUUCGACGCGGUUGAGACCUUGUUUGUUUCCCUGGCUUUCCACAUGUUGCCCCAGAGCACUGGAGGAUGAGGGAAGAUUCUUUCACCGUGUUGCGCUUGGUUGUCAUCAUCGAGGCCUUCAUAUAAUUCAGCUGCUGCUGAAUCAGUGCUUUCAUGAGAUGGGAUCUUGACAAUUAUGGUUGAGAAAAUAGCGGUUUCGUCUCUGCAUGCUAAGCGAGGAGGCAAUCUGUUAGCAUCUCUGAAGCUCAACGCUUACUCCAUUGCUAAGAAAUCCUCCUCCAAGCUCGUCAAACCAGUAUCCUUACAUUCUGGGAGCCCGAAAGUGUACAAGGGUGUGCGAAAGCGGACGUGGGGAAAGUGGGUGUCUGAAAUCAGAGAACCAAACAAGAGGUCACGCAUUUGGCUGGGCUCCUUCCCGACUGCGGAAAUGGCAGCCAAAGCUUACGAUGCUGCCGCUGUGUGCCUGAGAGGACAAUCGGUGAAACUAAAUUUCCCAGACUCCCCUCCUCAAGGCGUCCAACGCUGCACCUCCCCGAGAGACGUUCAAGCUGCAGCCGCGGCAGCCGCAGCGGCUUGCAUUCUGCCAGCGAGUGCCCUUCCUAUGGUCAAUCACUCAGUCACUCCAUCGUUCGAGAGCACUCCACUCAAUUCAUUGCAUUCGUCCUCAGGGAUGAGCUCCGACGAUGAAGCAGAAGACAUCGACCGGAGUCACCAUGUUACAAAAUUCUGCUCCCACGUAGACGUUGUGCCUGUGGAGUAAUGGAUCAAGGCCGAGUUUGGGGACGUGGAAGCAGCUCAUGCGGACCCUGACCACUCGUACGUCUUCCCCGAGCUCACAGUCGACCCAGUGUUGGCCACCUUCUACAACGACCAAGUUUGGGCCGAGUACCUGACCACCGAGGCACACGAAGCUGCGGCUUACGAGUCAAGGUUGUGGUGCUUCUGAAGCUCAUCUGCAUUAUUAGGUUAAGUAGUAUUCUGGAAUUUUGACGCUGUCCGUGGAAGACAGGAAGCGUUUGCCCUCGAACCUGAGGCGCAUUUCCAUGAGAGCGAUCGUGCAAGGGAUUAGGUUGGAUUGUGGGGGUGUUUUGGACGUUGUUCAUGCAACCGGGUGUGUUUGCUCUGUUUCGAUGUGGGGGCUUUUCAAAGGUCACCGUAGUAUAUGAACAUCUUUUUGUGCCCAAUUUUGGAGAUGAGCUUUAUCGUUGGUCUAGGCAACAGAUCCGCGUGUGUAAACACCUCGCAGUUAAGGCCUAUCGAGUAGAAACCAACCUUGCAAGCAUAGGGAGUGAAGGGACGUGUACAGCAGUAGACUGAAACUAGCACCACGAGUUUUGUAGUCAGUGGAUUUCAGUCAGUAGAUUGUUUCCCUCACCACCCUCAAACACACACUGUACAUAUCAAUGAUCAGCGUUGUGCAAGAGUACCUUGCCCAAUGCUUUAUUUUCAAGCUUCACAACUGAACAACUUUGUCAA